UCUGUUUUCUUUUCCCGGUUAGGCUACGCCGUUACGUGGACGCACGUUGGGCAAUUUGAUACAUUGAGACAAAGAUCGACGAUUUUCGCUCCUUUCAUCUUCAACCUGUGAGCGACGUACCAGCAUCUCCUGAAAACCAAGUUGGGUUUCACCCCCAAAACAAUAUGCUCACAGAGCUAGCUAUUGGAAGCCACUUUCAACCGAAAGUUGUGAACUUCCACCGAAGGCAAAUCACUGGAAUAAAAAGGGGAAUACUACACUUUUCAAGAAUCAGAUCGUCUCCAAAGAGUAAAUUUACUUGCAAGUUUGCCCAAUCGGAAAAAGUCUCCCCCAGUCCCGAGGAACAUGAAAAGACUAGGCCUUUGGUUAAAAUGUGCGGGGUUGCAUCAGCUAAAGAUGCUGCAAUGGUUGCCGAAGCUGGUGCUGAUUUUGUUGGGAUGAUUAUUUGGCCCAAUUCUAAACGUUCUGUUUCACUUUCGGUUGCCAAGGAGAUUUCAAAAGUUGCAAGGGAGUAUGGGGCAGAGCCUGUUGGAGUAUUUGUGGAUGAUGAUGUAGACACGAUAUUAAGGGCAGCUGAUGCAUCGAACCUUGAGCUUUUGCAGCUUCAUGGAAAUGCUUCUCGAGAAGCUUUUCCAGUUAUAUUGCAAGAGAAACGAGUAAUAUAUGUUCUUCAUGCAAAUGAAGAUGGAAACCUUCUGAACCAAAUCUCUGAUGAAGAAUGCUCUCUAGUUGAUUGGAUUCUUGUGGAUAGUGCAAGGGGUGGCAGUGGUAGAGGUUUCAAUUGGGCUCAGUUCAAGCUACCAAUGAUUAGAAGUAAACACGGGUGGCUCUUGGCUGGUGGGAUCAACCCUGAGAAUGUCUGUGAAGCUCUUUAUACUCUCCAACCUCGAGGGAUUGAUGUUAGUAGUGGAAUUUGUGCUUCAGAUGGCAUUCAGAAAGACCAAUCGCGGAUAUCUUCCUUUAUGAGUGCCGUAAAUUCUGUACACUAUUGAUUCAUAAUCACAAAAUUAUUCAGGACUUGAAUUGCGGAGAUGAUGUCGAAGUGGCAUGAAUCUGUCUUUAUUUUAUGUUUGAAUCUUUAAAAUUUGUCUAUUUUAAGGGUAUAAGAUUCUGGACC